AUGUCUAAAUUAGACUCAAUUCCGCCUCUAUCGUCAGAACUGGCCGUCCAAAUUCUAAACAAAACAUUAGAUUUCCUGGAACAACCUGACAACAAGCGAAAAAUCGAUGAAGCCAGAGAAAACGUAGGAAACGAAAUGCUGAAAAUGAUGCAGUUCAUUUUUCCGAUAGUGAUGCAGAUUCAAAUCGACGUAAUCAAAGAAUACGGUUUUCCAGAAAACAGAGAAGGUAUUAUUAAGUUUGCUCAGAUGGUCAGGAAUUUGGAAAAGGAAGAUGUCGAAGUGGCAAGACUGCACAGUCUUAUAAAGGCUUAUUAUUUGCCUCCUGUAUCGGCUCAUACAAAUAGUGAGUCUGGUGAGGAAAGAACUAGCAGCAAUUAA